AUGUCCUUACUGUCAAAGCUCUUUCCUACAAGGCAAACACCCAAGCCGGAAGCUCCGAUACCUGAGACUCGUGCCACUCUCGCUAUGGCUUCACUGGGCGAUGAUCAGCGGCCCAACUAUGUGACGAUCUAUCCCCCAGUAGAUCCCGGUCUGCCAGCUGUACCACCAGGGGACAUCAUUCUUGGUGCCAGCGCAAAAAUCAAAAGGCUUGCUGAGAUUGCCGGCGGGACCGCUAGUGAGUUCGAUCGCCUCUACAUGUUGCCACUGCGUAAUCUCGCUGCGCAGGUUCAUCUUUUGCCAGCGACACCGUACUCGCACUACAGCUCUCCUGGCGGUUUAUUCAACAUGUGUCUUGACGUGGCGCUUCUGGCGCGACAGUCAGCUGAGGGCAAGAUAUUCGUGCCCGAGGCGACCAUCGAAGUUCGUCACCGGACAGAGGGUGCGUGGCGUUAUUCGGCCUUUAUUGCUGGUCUCUUGAGUCAGCUCCACGUUCCGGUGGGCUCAAUGACCGUCACCUCCCUUGACGGCAAGCAGUGGCCACGAUAUGGAACGUCGGUGUAUGACUGGAUUCAAAAGGAAAACCUCAGCCGUUAUCACGUUGUUUGGCACGAGAAAGCAAAGGUGACCGGGGCCGAGGGUGCCUCUCUACUGUCUACGGUAGUGCCAGGAGAGGUUAUGGAUUGGCUGGCAGCCACUGACAGUCAAAUCAUCCGUGAUGUGAAUAUUGCCGUCACACGGGAAAUGGCACCCAGCGAGUCGAUUCUUGGGGCGAUCCUCAAGAGUGUUGUUUCACGGGUCAAAGAAGUUGACGCCCUUCAUCAACCAUCCCGCUUUGGAAGGCUUACGGUCGGUACGCAGUUCGAGCCGCAUUUGCUCAAUGCCAUGCGGGAACUGAUUGAGGAAGGUUCAUGGCGUUGCAAUGAACCAGGUGGGACCGUGUUCUGGGGUUCUGACGGCCUUUAUGUCGCGUGGCCAGCAGGCCUUAAAGGUGUUGUAGGUGUGUUCGAAAAGCGCGCGCUGACAGCCAUGCCGCAUUCUUCCGUGACGUUGGCCGAGAUGCUUGGCCUGAGCGGGAUCAUCAUUGGUAAGGAAACGGGUGUCUGGGUUCACGAUAUCGUGGUGAAAGACAAACAGGGGGAGAACGCCACGCUCAGUGCGAUGCGUUUCAAAGAUCCUACGAUUCUUCUUGGUCACUUACCGUAUAAGGCACUGACUCAGCCCUAUGGCAAGCUUAUGGUGGAGGCGCAGUUGGAGCAGUUGGCGCUAGUCGGGGCUAGUCACGCGGCCACAUCCAGCGCACCUCCAUCCAAACCGGUUGGCGCCGGCGCGGCAGUCAAUGCUGGAGGUUCUUCAGCUCAGGAGCCUGGAGUUCUUAAAGAAGGACCGCAAAAAGUAGAAGCGCCGGCUUCGGCGUCUACUCCGGAAACGCCGGCCGCAGCGGGUGGCCUCACGCUCAUCGAGACCAUCGUCUCCUUGACCAUCUUUGCACUUGUUGUCGGCGGCGCGCUCGCACUUUUCGGUGGUGCUUCCUCGUCACAAGCGUCAACCCAGAUGCUUUCUGAUCUCAAUGCACUGCGUGCAAGCACAAAAGCUAUGUAUAUGGGCCAGGGCGGCUACGGUACCUCCAAUCUCAACAGCAUUUUGGUCAACGGGAACAAGGUACCGUCGACGAUGAGCGUGACCGCCGGGCGCCAGCACGAACUUCACUAUCACUACCACGUCGAUCCCUACCGAUGUAUGCCUGUCUCUGUUGGCUACAUCUGGGGGCUGGAAUUCGGUGAAAUCGGCCUGAUGUCUCUUCUUGAACUGAACUUUUCUGACCUGUAUCUCGGCAGGGACAGCUCGUGGGUUUCGGGCAUUCCCGGAACUUCUGAUCCUGUUCCUGUGCCCGAGGAAUCAGUGCAGGAAGCGAAAGAGCUUCGUGAUGCCUGCGCGAAUUACCGUGAUCUGAACCCUUUGCGCGAAGAUUUUCCGAUCCGGCAUAGCAAGAUUUCCUAUCGCGCAUCAGUUAUGCCCACGAUUGACGAGACGGUAUUUGUCCUCAGAAGGCUCGCAGACAAGAUCAAGUCGAUCAACGAACUUGGUAUCCCACCGGCAAUGGUGACAAACCUGAUGGCGCCUAACCUUACGGGUUUACUUAUCGUCAGCGGUACUUUUGGCCAAGGUAAAACCACAACCGCUUCAUCCCUUGUCGCUUCUCGGAUAGCCAAAUACGGUGGUGUUGCGGUGACUGUGGAGGAUCCCCCAGAGCAACCGCUACAUGGACGUCACGGAGAAGGUGUGUGUUACCAGACAUGGGUUGGACCAGGAGGAUUCGGGCACGCAUGUCGCCAAGCAGCUCGAUGGGCGCCGUCAAUCAUGUUUCUCGGAGAGAUUCGGGACUCAGAAACGGCCAUCGAAGCCCUGCGCGCCGCGAUUAAUGGAAAACUUGUCAUCUGCACGGCCCAUGCGGACAACCCGUCCAUGGCUAUUGAGCGAAUAUUCGCACUUGCCAAUACGGACGGUGCAUCUGCUGACGAUGUUUUGGGGAUGUUGGCAACUGGCAUUACUGCCGUCAUCAAUCAAAAGCUUGAGAGUACUGGUACCCGCAAGCAACUUCUACUCGACUCCCUUUUUAUUGCUGGCGACGAUGAAUCUGCAGCGCGCCAGAGUAUCCGUCGCCGCCAAUUCGAGCAGCUCAAGAGUAUUGCUCAACUGCAAAAGACACGCAUGAUCAUGAGCGGUGGCAGGGUCGGCUGA